AUGGCUUCUCACGACGAUGAUACUAUGCCCGAGGAGACUCAGGGCUACAAGCUCUCUCAGCCUAAGCAGAGUCUGGCUGAGUACCAGCAGAUGGACGCCGGUGAUGAGUCUCUCCAGCGAUACAAGGAGUCCCUCGGUCUCGGCGGUGGUACUGACAUCUCCGACCCCAACGACCCCCGAGUCUGCAUUAUUCUCUCCCUGACCAUGGACUCUCCUGGCCGCCCUCCCGUCACCAUCGAUCUCUCUACCCCCGGAAGCGAGACCACCCUCAAGGAUAAGCCUUUCAACAUCAAGGAGGGUGCCAAGUUCACCAUGAGCGCCAAGUUCAAGGUCCAGCACGAGAUUCUCAGCGGUCUCCACUACGUCCAGGUCGUCAAGCGAAAGGGUAUCCGAGUCUCCAAGGACUCCGAGAUGAUUGGCAGCUAUGCUCCCAACACUGAUAAGCAGCCCACCUACGUCAAGAAGUUCCAAGAGGAGGAGGCACCUAGCGGCAUGCUUGCUCGUGGUCACUACAACGCCAUCUCUAGCUUCGUGGACGACGAUAAGAAGAAGCAUCUCGAGUUCGAGUGGAGUUUCGACAUCGCCAAGGACUGGUAG